AUAUUUUGAGGGUAAAAUGAUUGUGAGUUUACAUGAAUAUUUGUGUGUGUAGCAUAGCUUCUAAAAGCGGUUUUAUAUGAAUGAACAGGUAACAUGGUUAGAAUGAACAACCCGGUAGGUGGCGACAAAAACCUUGUUUACGUCUGUGUGUUUACACUGAUUGGUUGUUGAGAAGUUCGUUGAAUGAAGGGGGCGGUGUUUUACUCUCCGAGCCAUAUAAAAUCCCACGGUUGUAUUUUUGGACACGGCCUGAUCAGUCCAUGGACUGUAAAGUUUGAAUGUUUGGUUUUCCUGUAAAGUGUAAGUGUAUCGAUAGAUUAAACUACUAUAGGACAACUAUUGCAAACAUACAGACAAAUAAAAAUGCUUUGCCAUAUCACGCGACCGGACUCGAUGGUGAUGGAGGUGGAUGUUGAUUCGAAGGCUAAUGGAGAGGACUGUUUACACAAGGUCUGUCGGAAACUGGGAAUAAUAGAGGUGGAUUACUUUGGGCUUCAGUUCUGUGGAAGCAAAGGGGAGAGUUUGUGGUUGAAUCUCAGGAACAGGAUCUCCCAACAGAUGGAUAACCUGUCUCCCUGCAGACUGAAGCUCAGAGUCAAGUUCUUUGUGGAACCCCAUCUGACCCUGCAAGAACAGACAAGACAUAUGUUCUUCCUGCACAUAAAGGAGGAGCUGGACAGUGGCAGCCUGCAGAUGGAGGCUGAGCAGGCCAAGGAGCUGUGUGCCCUCCUAGCCCAGGCUGAGUAUGGAGACUACAACCAGAACACAGCCAAGUACUGCUCCAGCCAGAUCUUCAGACAGGAGCCUGACCUGGCAACCAUCAACAGCAUCCAGGAGAAGCACCGUGAGCUAGAGGGUCUGAGCCAGGCGUCAGCAGAGUACCAGGCCCUACAGCUGGUGUCCUCCCUGGAGAACUACGGGGUGGAGUGGCACUGGGCCAGGGACUCAGAGGGACAGAGGCUGGCGGUAGGGGUCGGCCCUGAAGGGGUAUCUAUCUGUCAGGAGGACUUCACCCCCACCAACAGGAUCAUUUAUCCCAUCAUCCAGAUGGCCACCCAGUCAGGGAAGAAUGUGUACAUGACCAUCACUAAGGACAGUGGUGAGGAUGUGGCCCUGCUGUUUAAGAUGACAAGCACCAGAGCUGCCAGCGGCCUGUACCGGGCCAUCACAGAGACCCACGCCUUCUACAGGUGUGACACGGUGACGAACGACGUGAUGAUGCAGUACAGCCGUGACUUCAAGGGUCACCUGGCGUCUCUCUUCCUCAACGAGAGCAUCGACCUGGGCAAGAAGUAUGUCUUCGACAUCCGACGCACCUCCAAGGAGGUCUACGACCACUGCCGCAGGGCGCUCUACAACGCCGGCAUGGCAGGGGACUGUGUGUCCGGCGAGCAGAGCCCGUCGCGGUCCCCUGGGGUGGGGGAAGGAGGCUGUGAGGGGUGCCAGAGGAGCCGGGUUCUGGAGGAGAAGCUGCAGCAGCUCCAGGAUGCUCUGCUGUGUAUGCUGUGCUGUGAAGAGGAGAUGGACGCUGCCUUCUGCCCCUGUGGACACAUGGUGUGCUGCCACAACUGUGCUGUCCAGCUAGAGGUGUGUCCGGUGUGUCGGUCAGAGGUGGACCAUGUCCAACACAUCUACCUGCCCACCUGUGCCAACCUGCUGUCCCUGGCAGUGAGCAGUGCUGCCCCCUUCAAUAUUCCCAGAGACCUGGCCACUCACCUCUGUUCCUCCAGAGAGUUCUACACCAGCACAGACCAGAUCUGUCACACGUAGAUUUACUUCCAAAUAGCUAUCAUUGCUAACGUUAGCUAGCUAAAAAUCUGGAGGUCUCCCCUCAAUCUUAGCUAGCUGGCUAACGUUAGCUAGCUAAAAUCUGGAGGUCUCCCCUCAAUCUUAGCUAGCUGGCUAACGUUAUACUGCAUCUAAAGUUAAUCCGGCGACAUCAAAAUGAUGAAAAAAGGUUUUCCUACUAGCUAUUUGCCGCCUUUAGAAAUGUCAUUGUGUUUUCAAGCCACAGUAAUAAACUUUAGACUGAAUAUUCAUCAGCCCCCAAUGAGGAUGCAUUGAGUAGAAUGUUCAGUUGGGCAUCAGUCCUAAAACAAACCUUCAAAACAAUAUUGUGAAGCAACGUGCAAACCAUAAAUACCAGGGGUAGUGCUGUAGUAGUAUACCAGUAGUAGUGCUGUAGUAGUUGUAUACCAGGGGUAGUGCUGUAGUAGUAUACCAGUAGUAGUGCUGUAGUAGUUGUAUACCAGUAGUAGUUGUAUACCAGGGGUAGUGCUGCAGUAGUUGUAUACCAGUCGUAGUGCUGUAGUAGUUGUAUACCAGGGGUAGUUGUAUACCAGUAGUAGUGCUGUAGUAGUUGUAUACCAGGGGUAGUGCUGCAGUAGUUGUAUACCAGUAGUAGUUGUAUACCAGUAGUAGUGCUGUAGUAGUGCUGUAGUAGUUGUAUACCAGGGGUAGUGCUGCAGUAGUUGUAUACCAGUAGUAGUGCUGUAGUAGUUGUAUACCGGUAGUAGUUGUAUACCAGUAGUAGUGCUGUAGUAGUUGUAUACCAGUAGUAGUGCUGUAGUAGUGCUGUAGUAGUUGUAUACCAGGGGUAGUGCUGUAGUAGUUGUAUACCAGGGGUGAUGCUGUAGUAGUAUACCAGUAGUAGUGCUGCAGUAGUUGUAUACCAGGGGUAGUGCUGUAGUAGUUGUAUACCAGGGGUAGUGCUGUAGUAGUUGUAUACCAGUAGUAGUGCUGUAGUAGUUGUAUACCAGGGGUAGUGCUGUAGUAGUAUACCAGUAGUAGUAUACCAGGGGUAGUGCUGUAGUAGUUGUAUACCAGGGGUAGUGCUGUAGUAGUAUACCAGUAGUAGUAUACCAGGGGUAGUGCUGUAGUAGUUGUAUACCAGUAGUAGUGCUGUAGUAGUUGUAUACCAGUAGUAGUGCUGUAGUAGUUGUAUACCAGGGGUAGUGCUGUAGUAGUAUACCAGUAGUAGUAUACCAGGGGUAGUGCUGUAGUAGUUGUAUACCAGUAGUAGUGCUGUAGUAGUUGUAUACCAGUAGUAGUGCUGUAGUAGUUGUAUACCAGGGGUAGUGCUGUAGUAGUAUACCAGUAGUAGUAUACCAGGGGUAGUGCUGUAGUAGUUGUAUACCAGGGGUAGUGCUGUAGUAGUUGUAUACCAGGGGUAGUGCUGUAGUAGUUGUAUACCAGGAGUAGUGCUGUAGUAGUUGUAUACCAGGGGUAGUGCUGUAGUAGUAUACCAGUAGUAGUAUACCAGGGGUAGUGCUGUAGUAGUAUACCAGUAGUAGUGCUGUAGUAGUUGUAUACCAGGGGUGAUGCUGUAGUAGUUGUAUACCAGUAGUAGUGCUGUAGUAGUUGUAUACCAGUAGUAGUGCUGUAGUAGUAGUAUACCAGGGGUAGUGCUGUAGUAGUAUACCAGUAGUAGUGCUGUAGUAGUUGUAUACCAGUAGUAGUGCUGUAGUAGUUGUAUACCAGGGGUGAUGCUGUAGUAGUAUACCAGUAGUUGUAUACCAGUAGUAGUGAUGUAGUAGUAUACCAGUAGUAGUGAUGUAGUAGUUGUAUACCAGUAGUAGUGCUGUAGUAGUAGUAUACCAGGGGUAGUGCUGUAGUAGUAUACCAGUAGUAGUGCUGUAGUAGUUGUAUACCAGGGGUGAUGCUGUAGUAGUAUACCAGUAGUAGUAUACCAGUAGUUGUAUACCAGUAGUAGUGAUGUAGUAGUAUACCAGUAGUUGUAUACCAGGGGUAGUGCUGUAGUAGUAUACCAGUAGUAGUGAUGUAGUAGUUGUAUACCAGUAGUAGUGCUGUAGUAGUAUACCAGGGGUAGUGAUGUAGUAGUUGUAUACCAGUAGUAGUGCUGUAGUAGUAGUAGUAUACCAGGGGUAGUGCUGUAGUAGUAUACCAGUAGUAGUGCUGUAGUAGUUGUAUACCAGGGGUGAUGCUGUAGUAGUAUACCAGUAGUAGUAUACCAGUAGUUGUAUACCAGUAGUAGUGAUGUAGUAGUAUACCAGUAGUUGUAUACCAGGGGUAGUGCUGUAGUAGUAUACCAGUAGUAGUGAUGUAGUAGUUGUAUACCAGGGGUAGUGCUGUAGUAGUAUACCAGGGGUAGUGCUGCAGUAGGAAUAUACCAGGGGUAGUAUACCAGUAGUGUAGUAGUACUGCAGUAUUGGUGUUGUAGUAGUAGUAGUGUGCUACUGUAUGCGGUGCUAUAUGACUGCAUACAGUAGCAUUCUGAACAUUAAUUUCUCUGGCAACAGCUCUGGUGGACAUUCCUGCAGUCAGCAUGCCAACUGCACGCUCCCUCAACUUGAGACAUCUAUGGUAUUGAUGUUGUGUGACAACUGCACAUUUUAGAACAAUCUUUUAUUUUCCCCCAGCACAAGGUGCACCUGUGUAAUGAUUGUGCUGUUUUAAUCAGCUUCUUGAUAUGCCAGCUUCUUGAUUAUCUUGGCACAGGGGAAAUGCUCACUACCGGGGAUGUAAACAGAUUUGUGCACAAUUUGAGAGAAAUAAGCUUGUUGUUCAUUAUAUGUAUACUUUACACUCCAUUGUAUGUUUAUCUUUAUCUCUGGUAUAUAAAUGUGAUGUCUCUGACCAUAGUGUUGAAAUCGUCAUUACAUUAGACUAGAAGAGUGUACCAGACCAGGUAAAUAGUCUUUAUUCGAUUUUUUUUUUAUCAGGGCCCAUAGGGCUGUAAUGAAGUAGUGCACUAUAUAGGGUGUCUGUUGGGAUGGAUGUUCCCACUGUCUUACACAGAUGAGUUACUCAAUCUAUCUUCUGGCCUGCAGCGAGUUCAAACAAUGUACCAUACCAGGCCUGUUACCAGUCUACAGAGGUCACAGUAUUGCUUCUCAUACCACCCUGCAUCCCACUGCUGGCUUGCUCAGAUCUAAACAUGGUUUGUCUCUGGAUGCUGCUGGAAGUGGUGUUGGAGGGCCAGUAGGAGGCACCCUUUCCUCUGCUCUAAAAAAAAAACAUCCCAAUGACCCAGGACAGUGUUUGGGGACAUUGCCCUGUGUAGCGUGUCGUCUUUCGGAUGAGACGUUAAACGGGUGUCCUGACUCUCUGUGGUCACUAAAGAUCCCAUGGCACUUAAUUACAAGAGUAGGGGUGUUAACCCUGAUGUCCUGACUAAAUUCCCAAUCUGGCCUUCAUACCAUCAUGGACACUUAAUCAUGUAUGAGCUGCCAAUUGGCUCAUACAUCCUCUCCCCUGUAACUAUUCCCCAGGUCGUUGCUGUAAAUGAGAAAAUGUUCUCAGUCAACUUAACUGGUAAAAUAAGGGUUAAAUGAAAUUGAGAAGAAUUCUCUACCAAAGCUCUUCAUUUCUUUUUAAAUAGCUAUUUACACUAUGUACCUGAAGAAUGGAUUUCAAUUUGUUGAUCAAUGAUUUCUGUAGUUAAGGUUCUGUUCUGUAUUUAAAGUUCUGUUUUAAUGAGUUGACAUUUUUAACCAAGAUUUCAUAUUUAUUUUCAAGUAUUAAUAAAAUAUUUAUUUUGUA